UUAAGGUAUUAAAAAUAUAAUUAUUUUGACAUGUUUUCCUUUCCAGCUUCUCCAUCAAUCUCAAUAUUGUGCAUGGCAGCUGAUGGUAAAGCUCUUGUUCCCUUGCGUCAGAAGACGAGGAAGAAAAGUCAAGGAAUUUGUGUAAUGAGCCGCCGAAGGAUCUCUUGUAAGGAUCUGGGACUAGCUGAUUGCCAGGGAUGGCUUUACAAGAAAAAGGAAAAAGGAAGUUUUAUUGGCAACAAAUGGAAAAAGUACUGGUGUGUGCUGAAGGGCUCCUCAUUAUACUGGUACAGCAAUCAGUUGGCAGAGAAAGCUGAAGGAUUCCUCAGCCUUCCAAACUUCUCAGUGGAUCAAGCAUUGGAAUGCAAAAAAAAGUAUGCUAUGAAAAUCACCCAUCCACAGAUCAAGACAUUUUAUUUUGCAGCAGAGAAUGCAGAGGAAAUGACUAUAUGGCUAAAUAAACUAGGUCUAGCGGUUGUCAAGCAAGUUAACAAAAAGAAUGAAGAAGAGUGCUAUAGUGAGAGUGAUCAUGAAGAACCAGAAAUAAACAUGGAGACACCACCCCCUCCAUAUUCCGACCAGCCGGUGCAGCCUCAUUUGGACCAGCGAGAACCUUCCUCAACAUCCCAUGUAACCAGUUCUUUAUCCUCCCCUGAAAACAGCAGGAAGUCACAAGGCUUUUCUUCUUCCUCAUCGUCCAAAGCAUUGCAUCCCGAGAGACAAUCAUGGCUUGACUUUAUUAACAGCUCUUCCACUGGGGAAGAAGUAGACAGUCCACCUUCAGCUGUCACUGAUCAGCCUCAAGAUACUGUUUGCCUGGUAAUGCCAGACUGUAACAAAACAAUGGGAAGUGAUAUCAUGGAACUGGAGGACAGCUUUCAGAACUCUUUAAGCAAAGGUACACCUGUUUUAGAUGGAGGCAAGGAUAGCAUUGCUGAGCCUGGGAAAACAACACUGAAAACCCCUAAAGGACAAGGGAAAUGCCCUAUAGAUGAAAUGGAGAAGCUUUACAAAUCUUUAGAGCAAGCCAGUUUAUCUGCUAUUGGGGAUCGCCGACCUUCGACUAAAAGAGAGCUGAGAAAAUCCUUUAUCAAAAGAAGUAAAAACCCAUCCGUUAACGAGAAACUCCACAAAAUUCGAGCACUGAAUAGUACAUUAAAGUGCAAAGAAUAUGACCUGGCUGCCAUUAACCAUUUGCUGGAGGACAGUGAGCUAACAGCAAGGAAGUACAGGGAGUGGAAGAACACAAACUCUAUGUUGGUUGAAGAUAUCUAUCCCCAGCAGGAUGUCCUGAAUGUGUCUGAAGAAAAUAUCAAGGAGCCAGAGGUGCCGCUGCAACCUUCUUUCAUCGAAAGUACUAUCUGAGAACAGUGGACAGUAUAUUACUUCUUCUGUCGGUGUUUCUCUUUACCUGUGUAAAGUUUAAGCUGCUA